CCUUUUCCCCAAUUAUUCAUGCUCUGCCACACCUUGGUCGUCUUUGUUUUAUGUUCUUCUGGGACCCCGACACCAACGCCCUCCAAGAAUGUGAGAGUUUGGUAGCUUUCUCUGUUUCUAUACGAGACGGCGGACUCCAGCUGAGUCACUGGUUAACAUUGGUGGUGGGUCAUUCGGAAAUUCUAAAUGGAAGCCAAAUUCUUUCGCUUUCUCAAGAUUGUGGGAGUGGGGUUCAAAGCAAGGGCGGAAUCAGAGGGUCGUCUCUUGUAUCUGAAAUUAGGUUACAGCCAUGAGGUUGAAUUGACUGUUCCACCAGCUGUCCGUGUAUUCUGCUUUAAGCCAAACGUUAUUUGCUGCACUGGAAUAGACAAGGCAAGAGUACACCAAUUUGCUGCUGCUGUACGCAGUUGUAAGCCACCUGAAGUUUACAAGGGCAAGGGUAUAAUGUAUAUUGAUGAAGUUAUAAAGAAGAAGCAAGGAAAGAAGUCUAAAUGAUUACAGGUAGUGUGUUUGUUGGUUGGAAUGGAAAUCACUUUGCAGAAGGAGGGCUUGAUUUCUGUAGCUUGGACUGGUUCCUGCAAUCAGCUUUGACAAUUUUGAAAUAUUGGGCAAUUUCUGUAAGAAAAAUGGAGCCGAUAAAUUGUUUUGGAUGACUAUUUUGACUGGUUCUUAUGUCUGGUUUCAACUAAUCUUUGGUAUGAUAAGAAUAGUUAAUCUAUGAAAUCAUGUCCUCUGUUAGUAGCUCAUGAUCCUCUUGCCAGUAAGAGAUGUGGAAACUUUUAGAGCCAUAAAACUGUUGUACUGAUUUCUUUAGCCUCAGUGUGAAGAAAUUGCUGUUUGUUUUCUCUA